AUGUCUGCUUGCAACACUUUCACUGAACACGUCUGGAAACCUGGUGAAUGUAAGAACUGCUUCAAGCCCAAAAGCUUGCAUCAGUUACCUCCAGUGUCUGAAAAAAAAACCCUCUCACAUGGAAAUCUGAAAACCAAUGCAAACCAAAGUACCAGCCAUCGUGGGAGAAAUACAGGAAACUUCCGACCGCCUGUGGCAAAGAAACCCACGAUAGCUGUGAAACCCACCAUGAUGGUAGUAGAUGGGCAGGGUAUAUGCGGUGAGAUCAGCACACCAGAUCAUUGUGAGAAUAAACCUGUGCCUGCAGGCUGGAACCAAAACAAAGCUGUCCUGAACAAAAAACCACUGAACAAUAAUAAUGAGGAUGAAAUUGAAGGUUAUAGCCAUGUUCAUAGGCCUUAUGGCAACAAGGAUGGUGUAGGUAAAAUACCCAAUAACAAUAAUAACGGACUGACAGAAGUUCUGAAGGAGAUUGCGGGUUUGGAUACCACACCUCAGCUAAGUGGAAACGAAAUGAACUCAAGAGAAACUUUCUUGGGAAGAAUAAAUAGCUGUUAUAAAAGGUCAUUAGAAAGAAAGAUCCCUCCAAGCUGCAUGAUGGGUGGAAUGAAGGAUUCACACAGUAAGCACGUUAUUCUGAGUGGAAGCACUGAAGUAAUAAGCAAUGAAGGUGGACGUUUCUGUUAUCCAGAGUUCUCCAGCGGAGAUGAAAGUGAGGAUGACACGUUUUUUGGCAGCAUGCAAGAAGAGCAUGAGAGCUGGGAUGAAAGUGAUGAAGAGUUGCUAGCAAUGGAAAUUCGUAUGAGGGGCCAACCUCGCUUUGCUAAUUUUAGAGCUAACACCCUAUCUCCUGUUCAGUUCUGUGUUGACAAAAAAUGGAACACAGUGCCCCUUAGAAACAAGUCUCUCCAGCGGAUCUGUGCAGUAGAUUACGACGACAGUUACGAUGAAAUUUUAAAUGGUUACGGGGAAGAGACUGUGAUUCUUUAUGGGCAAGAAAGUAUGCAGAGCAUGGCAUCUUCUGAUUCUACAUCUCCUGAUUCUUCUCUGACAGAAGAGUCUCGCUCUGGAACAACCAGCAGUUCUUCACAGAAGCUCUGUAAUGGAGGGUUAUCUCCCAGUACUCCUCAGGACCUCAAAUUGAUUGAACCAGAAUAUGAAAGUCUUUGUGAUAAUCAACAAGUGAAGGAUGUGUCAAAAGCUCCCAAAAAUCUUCCGAAAAGUCUAGAAACUCACAAGGCAGUCCUUGCACUUCGACUGGAAGAGAAGGAUGGCAAAAUUGCUGUGCAGACUGAUAAGCAAGAGAAUAAAAGUUCUUCAGAUGUUGCUGGUCAGGCUGUAACUAUAAAUCUGGUGCCUGUGGAAGAGCAAGCUAAGCCUUACAGGGUGGUGAAUAUGGAACAACCAGUUUGCAAGCCAUAUACCAUAGUAGAUGUAUCAGCUGCCAUGACCAAUGAAUGUAAAGAGAAUCAGACAGAAAACUCAGAAACCAAAAAUACACCAUCUAACCCCAGCUCACCAGUAACUCCAGGCACACCUAUUACAUCCUCUGCAGCAUCACCCGUACGAGUAAAUGCUAAUCUGAAAAAAUCCAGUGCAAUCAGAUAUCAAGAAGUGUGGACUUCCAGUACUAGUCCAAGACAGAAGAUACCUAAGGUGGAGUUAGUUGCAAACAGCUCAGGACCUUCUGUUCCUCCCAGGAAGACAAGCCACAAGUCAGCUCCCACUUCACCUACAGCUACAAACAUUUCUUCAAAAACUAUCCCAGUUAAGUCUCCCAAUUUAUCUGAGAUAAAAUUCAACAGUUACAAUAAUGCUGGCAUGCCCCCUUUUCCUAUUAUCAUUCAUGAUGAGCCCACUUACGCUAAGAGUUCCAAAAACGCUAUUAAAGUUCCUAUUGUAAUCAAUCCAAAUGCAUAUGAUAACCUGGCUAUCUAUAAAAGUUUUCUAGGGACCAGCGGAGAGCUGUCCAUCAAAGAUAAAACUACUAGUGUAAUAAGCCACACAUACGAAGAAAUAGAAACAGAAAGCAAAAUGACCGAAACCAUAGGAAGCAAACCCAGUGAAUUUCCCCAAGCGAAGGGGGUGACUAAUAGUUCUGAAUGCAGGCUGGGUUCUGUGGCUCAGAAGGUCCAAGAGUUUAAUAGCUGCCUCAGUAAAAGUCAGAUAUCGCCACAGAGAAGUCAGAGUUCUGACCACAGCUCCCCACCAAGAGUUCAAAAGUCAACACAAGAGCCUGCAGCAAAAAUAGACGUAACACCAGAGGCUUCUGUUGGCAGCAGCAGCAGAGAGAAUGCAAGCACGGUGCUUUCACAGAUUGUGGCUUCUAUCCAGCCUCCACAGUCUCCUCCAGAAACUCCUCAGUCUGGACCCAAGUCCUGUAGCGUAGAAGAACUGUAUUCCUUACCCCCUGAUGCAGAUGCUACUAAAACCACCCUGGUACGACCCAAAUCUCUGUUUACGUCCCAGUCUGAAAUAGAGUCAUCCAAGACGGUGGAAAACACUGCCAUUAAAAUGCAAAAAGAUUCACUUUCACAGCCAGUUGCCGCUCACUCUCCAAAGCCAGUGAGAGCCACCCCAAAUGCCACAAGUCCCAAAACAGAGCAAGCACCGCCAUUUCCUCCUCCACGCUCCACUUCUUCACCCUACCAUGCAAGUAACUUGUUGCAAAGACAUUUCAGCAAUUGGACCAAACCAAACAGUCCCACCAGGUCAACAGAGGCUGAGUCAAUCCUUCAUUCAGAAGGUCGCCGGGCUGCUGAUGCAAAACCCAAACGCUGGAUAUCAUUUAAGAGCUUCUUCCGCCGCAGGAAAACUGAUGACGAGGAAGACAAAGAGAAAGAAAGAGAGAAAGGAAAAUUGGUGGGUCUUGAUGGAACUGUUAUACAUAUGCUACCCCCUCCUCCAGUUCAACGUCAUCACUGGUUCAGUGAGGCAAAGUCAGACUCCAGUGAGAAGCCAUCGAUUGUUUUCAUGUAUAGAUGUGAACCGGCACAAGGUGAACCAAAGGCUGACCAUCCAAACAAGGGGGGAGUGGAGUCUGCUAUCGCAGAUGCACUAGCAAAAGACAAAGGAGAAACGCAGGAGAAGUCUCCAGAAAGCUCUGAGCAGACCAUAGCAAGCCAUUCGUCACCACCUCAGAUUCCCAAGAAAAUCCCCAGUCAAGUGCCUGAUGAUCCAACACUGGAGGAUUUAUCCCCUCGUGUUCCUAGAGCCGUGUUUGUGAAGCAGGACAAUGGUGGCAGUGCCUCGGUCAUACCAGUAUCAUCUGUCCGUGUCCCACAGGGGGAGGAAGAAAAGGAAGAAGCUCCACAUUCUCCGGACUUAAAUCCUUGCAGUGCUACAUACAGCAAUUUAGGACAGUCUAGAGCGGCCAUGAUACCUCCGAAACAGCCAAGGCAGCCAAAGGGAGCUUUGGAUGAUGCCAUUGCCUUUGGAGGACUAGUAGACCAGGAAACAAUUAACUUACAGCCAACACCGCCUCCACUGCCAAAGAAAACAAUUUUGAGAGCUAACACAGAGCCGACUCCCAGAGAUCUCCAGAAGCAGGCUCUGGAGAACAACCUGUGCAUUAUGGCCAAUCCCACCUAUGACAUUGACACCAACUGGGAAGCAAGCAGUGCCUGCUCCUCGGUCAGCCUGGAGCUCAAGGUGCUGGACAACGAGUCGGGGGAUUCCUUGGACAGGCCUACAGAAAAACUAAGGGCAACCACCUCGGCAACUAACAGUGUUUCCAGCCUAACCACUAUCAGUAUUAAGGACCGGUGUUCUAAUAGCAUGGAGUCUCUGACAGGGAGACGCAUCUCACAGACUAAGCAGGGCAAAGGUGUCCAGAAGCCACAAAGGCAAGCACUUUAUCGAGGAAUUGAAAACCGAGAAGAGGUGGUAGGUAAAAUCCGAAGCCUUCAUGCCGAUUCACUGAAGAAGCUGGCACUCAAAUGUGAAGACUUGUUCAUGGCCGGACAAAAAGACCAGCUGCGAUUCGGGGUGGACAGCUGGUCGGAUUUCAGGCUAACCAGUGACAAGCCGUGCUGUGAGGCAGGCGAUGCCGUGUACUACCCAGCUUCUUAUGCAAAAGAUCCUCUCAACAAUUAUGCAGUCAAGGUAAGAGGGGCUUGA